CAUGCAAUGAAACUGAGAGUUGCUUUGAUCGGGAGAUCAAGAGACAUACACACAUUCUCUCUUUCUCUCACACAGAGGGAGUAGGGAAGGCAUCCAGGGAGGCAGGCACUGGUGCCUUUUGAAGCAGCAGUGAAAGAGAGAGAGAGAGGAGAGAGGACAGGGGGACUCUAAGGCACCGGACCACUGUCACCUACCGACCAGCCCCCCGCCGAUGAUCCGCGGCUACAGCCACAGCACAGUGAAAAGGGGGUUAUGCCAGGAGAGCUUGAAAGGAAGGGAAGAUCCAGCUCUCCGUCUGUCCAUCCGUCCGUCCACCCGUCAUCCUCAUUCCUCUUUUUUUCAGAGCCGAUAUCUCAGGUCGGACGGUCCGGUUUUGAAUUCUUUCUUUUUCUCUUGUAAUUUUAGUUUUUUCUCUUUUUUGAUGGAGGGAUGUUAAUAAGGAUCAGGUGAAGAAAGGAGGAGCUGCAUGGUGGAUGUCUGAAAGGUUGUGUCAUUUAUAUAUAUUUUUGUUUGUUCUUAUUUCAACGAUCACUUGUUUCUCCACCUCCUGACUGAAUUGAAGCGUGUGUGUUAGCAGCAGGACUGGAGGCUAUAAGGACUUUGAGACUUAUCUCUGUUUUGAUAUGAUUCGGUCGUCAGGCCAAUUUUUUCCUAUCCUGAAGGAGCUGUGUCAAAGUUAGCUGGAGCUGCAGGGAGAGGAGGGGGCCGUGGGGAGGGCCUGUGGCCCAGGACGGAGCACCCAACCUGGGACGCACACAGAGGGACACUGGCGUAGUAGCUCUUCUCACCCACUGAUAACUGUGUACCUGAAAAUGACACCAUGAGUUUUAUAUUGUCCUGCUGCCAUGGUGACGGAGGGACAGUGACAACAACGUAAACAACAACAAGUGCAAUAGCAGGCAACAGCCUAAAGGAGAACAACAACAGCUAAACCCCCAGUGACUGGAACAACACAUUGCAUCUAACCAAACCUCAACUAGCCAACAUCCAACAACUUUGGGUGGGCCUUUGACAAGGACUCCACCACUCCAUCUGUCCAUCAGCCCUUUCUCCACCACUCUCUCUGCCGUGGUGGUCUCCUCCCUCCAUUCACCAGCAAGAAUCCCCUAGUGAUCCCCACUCUGCUACUAUAUUCCUCCAGAUAUUGUUGACAUAACAUAUUGACAUUUCUAUGUCAAUCUAGGAAAGUUUUCUCAAGGAUUCUGGGUAAUCUCCCCCGGCGGUGCGCCGUCGCCCUGGGUGAAAGGGCAGGGGGGCGGCCCACGGUUCCCCCCGACCACAACCGGGUGAAGAACAGGAGCGGGCGGCAAUAUGGCGGCUCUCGCCAGCUCAUUGAUCCGCCAGCGGCGGGAGGUGAAGGACCCCCAGGCCAACCGGCAGGUGGCCAACAAGAGGAAGCCGUGCCCCAAGGCCAACAAGUCCCUGUGCCAGAAACAAAUAUUAUUACUCAUAUCAAAAGUCCGACUAUGUGGCAAUCGAGGGCGAAAGUUAGAAAAAAAACCGGAGCCCCAACUGAAAGGCAUCGUCACAAGACUCUACAACCGGCAUGGCUUCUACCUCCAGAUGCUUCCGGAUGGCACCAUGGACGGCACAAAGGACGAAAGCAGCUCCUUCUUGCAGUUCAACUUGAUUCCUGUGGGCCUGAGGAUAGUAGCCAUCCAGAGCACUAAGACAGGGCUCUACAUUGGGAUGAACAGCGAUGGAUACCUCUACACCUCAGAACACUUCACCCCAGAGUGUAAGUUCAAAGAGAGUGUGUUUGAGAACUACUACGUGACGUACUCGUCCAUCCUGUACCGGCAGACCCAGUCGGGCAGGGCCUGGUACAUCGGCAUCAACCGGGACGGACAGGUCAUGAAGGGCAACAGGGUCAAGAAGACCAAAGGGGCGGCCCACUUCCUGCCCAAACUCAUAGAAGUGGCAAUGUACAGGGAGCCUUCGCUGCAUGAAGUGGUGGUGGUCGCCGAGCUGAGUCCGCCCAGAAAAACGACCAAGACCUGCGAUUCGCCCGUGCUGCAGAACGGCAAGAAAGACCCGCCCUCCAAAACCAAAACUUCCUAGCGCACGGAGAAGACAGGGGGCACUGACUGGCACUGGCACUGACUGGCGAACGAAGUCUUCCUGUUUUUAUUACAAAGGGGUGUCACCGUCAAAUGUUUCCCCCCUGCCCCACCGAGCAGCACGUAGAGAGGGCCCUAUUGUUCUAUAUUCCCACAGGUUUCAUCCAUACUAAUGUAAGGUUGACCAAGGAUGUGAAAUGGCACUCUAUUCCGUUUAUAGUGCACUACUUCUGACCAAAGCCUGCAAAGGACUCUGGUCAAAAGUAGUGCACUAUAAAGGGAAUUGGGUGCCAUUUGGGACGUGUCUCCAAACACCCUGUUGUUCUCUUUACAUCUGUUACCAGGUAUAUUCUCUGUCCGUCAACACCUUUGUGACCAUAGCGAUCCCCUCCAUACUUAAGCAAUGAUGUGGAGGUUCUCUUUUCUUUUUUUCUUUCUCUCGUUCACCUUUGGUGCAAUUUGAUUCGUUUGUGACACGGAGUCAGUUUUCCACUCGGCAGCACAAGAGAAACUUCCUCGUUCUUCUCUAGGGCUGUUAACAGCAGCUCUCUAAUCAAAAUCUCCCAUACUUCUUGAAAGAGAGAGAGGAACCUCCCCACUGCACUGCAUUGAACUACACACACACACACACACACACACACACACACACACACACACACACACACACACACACACACACACACACACACACACACACACACACACACAGCUGAGAGAGAGUGGUGAUUGUGUGCGGGUCAGGGCUUAAGGAAUGAUAAUGAUAUCAUCAGUGAGAUGGUGUUGGUCUCUGGGAAUCUGUUUGCAUUACACCCUCCUGUCACUACAACACAAUGGAUCAUUUCUCUAGCUCAUGCCUUAAGCCAGGGAGAUACAUACUGUAGGGCCCACAGGAGGUCAGUGGCACCUUAAUUGGGGUGGACGGGCUCGUGGUAAUGGCUGGAGCGGAAUGAG